AUAACUCGUGAACCACCAAAGUAAUCGAUUACAACAGCAUUAACUAUUUUACUAAUAUUGUAAACGUUUUUGUUUUCUAGGAUAUUUUGUGAAAUGCAGCAAUGAUACAUACAACUUAAGAGUGGUCAGAUCUACGAGAAUAAACAUUAGAAAUUCUAUGAUAUGACAGAUGGCAAUUUUUAUUUCGCUAGAAAACUUGGAGAAAUGGAAAGAAGAGAAUCGGUGUUUCUUUUGCAAGAAGAAGUUUUUCUCGGAAAAAGUUACCUGCGAAAGGUGUUUGGAGUUCCAAUACUGCUCAAUAGACUGUCUAGCUCUUGACAGAGAUGAACACAUUAGUCAAUGUAACUUAAUUGGCCUCAGAAAAGGGAGAUGUCUAUUGGACGGCAGGGUACACUUCUUACAAUUUGUAACCAGCAGGGCGAAACUUUUAGACAGCGAACACAACAUCAGAAGUGAACACGAAGCGUUCAGAGAAAUCCAAGCGAUGAAAAUCUCCAGGUCAAGCACAAAUCAAAUACCUAGAUCUACCAAGGAAAGGGAAAAUAAAAACCCCGGGCACAAGAGCAGAAGUGAAUACGAAGCCUUUAGAGAAUUACAAGCAAUGAAAACUUCCAAGUCAAGCACAGAUCAAAUACCUAGAUCUAACAAGAAAAGGAAAAAGAACAAGAAAAGAAAGGGACAUAACGCGACACCACAGAAAAACAAACCGAGUUCUUCCACUUUGAAACCAGACAUACUUCAUAAAAACAAACAGACGCCUCUCAAUAUUCUGAAUGGAAUGUUUGGCGGAGCGGUUCGAUGCAGCAGAACUGAGCAGACGGGAGCCUCGUUUGGGAAAGGGUGGUGGAAAACCGGAAGUGAAUCAGCCACAGCCUUGAAGAACUCUACCUCUCCCAUAGUUUCUUGUAGCUCCACAAAGCCACCCAACAGACAAAAGUGUUCCGAUUUCUAUCCCGAGCUUCAAGAUGACUCAAGAAGUCGAACUGAUAGUGCAGAACACUUGAUGGCAAAGUCUCAACCGGAAACUGCUGCCUCUGAAAUGUUGGACGAUGCGAACGUCCAAAAAGGAUUGGCAGACGACAAUGGCCACCGGAAGUCUCUUGCGAAGUGUGGGUACUGCGGGAAGGAGAGUGAAGAGAUGAAGACGUGCUCGAGGUGCAGGAUGAGAAGCUACUGUGAUCGAGCCUGUCAGGCGAGAGAUUUCGCAGCACACAAGCAGCUAUGCAAAAGAUCCGAAAGAUUUCAGAAAGUUCUCAAAGGUCUACCUUUAGAAUGCAAAGCAAAAAUAAACAAUUUAUCGUUCAAUGUUACACCAGAAAAUGAUACCAUGCUGUUGAAGAGUUCCAUACUUGUAGAGAUAACAGAGAGACUUUACCUGUUCUUUUUCUAUGCAGUAAUGGCCGUUGAUUUAUCAGGAAAAAAGAUUUUUUUGAACUUGAAGUUUCCUCGGAAUUACAAGUGGCCUACUAGCAAAGGAAGUAAUGGACCAAUAGCUAUGGUAACAUUACACGAUCUCUUGGCUCCUGGCAACUUUGUACUCGUGUAUGAGCCAAUUUGGACCCACUCUUUGGAUGGAAGACCUGGGGUGGAGGUCCAUGAUCUCAGCAAAGUUUAUUUUGAGAUGAAGGGCCGUCUCUAGAGAGAUGACCCCGUUACUAAAUAUUGCUAUUAAUAAAAACAUUUCUCUACUUCGAGUCAAAAUUAGUCAGUAUACUAAACAAGCAAGUUUUAUGAAUGGACUAUACUCCUUUUUCUAUGACUGAAUUAACAAUGUAGGUGACGGUUAAGUUAAUUAAGGUAAACCAUAGAGGAUUCUAAAUUAUUUUAUGCAUUAUUUAUGGAGAUUAGCUAGCGUCUGAAAUAAGGAACUUAUUUUCUACAUGGAUUAUCUAUAGUAUCGAUUUUCAAUAUAGAUUUUCAAGUGUUAGAUUCAACAUAUCGAUUUUUAAUGUACAUCAACUGGCAUUUGAUUCAAGGUAUCAAUUUUCAAUAAAGGUUACCUAGCGUUAGAUACAAGGAAUCGAUUUUCAAUGUAGAUUACCCAGAGUCAGAUACAAAAUAUCGAUUUUCAAUACAGAUUAUAAAUAGCGUCAGAUACAAGGUAUUGAUUUUUCAAUAGAGCUUAAACAGUUUCAGAUAUAAGGUAUCGAUUUUAAAUAUGGAUCUAGUAGCGUCAGAUACAAGGUAUCGAUUCUAAAUAUAGAUUACUAAGCGUCAGAUACAAGGUAUAGAUUUUCAAUGUAGAUUACCUGUCGUCUCAUUAAAGGUAUCGAUUUUCAAUAAAGAUUACCAAGCAUUAGAUACAAGGAAUUGAUUUUCAAUGUAGAUUACCCAUAGUCAGAUACAAAGUAUCUUUUUUCAAUACAGAUUACCCAGCAUCAGUUUCAAGGUAUCGAUAUAACCUGGCGUCUAGUACAAAGUAUCAAUGUACAUUAAUUAACGUCUAAUUUCGUGGCAAUUAAUGUAUCUAUGAUCAUCUAGCGUCUGGCUGAAGGUUGCCAGUUAGAGUUGCAAUCGAGUUAGGAGUUAAGAGCUAUGUCUUCUGAAGAAAGUUUCUUUGGAAUGUGUACAUGUGUACAUAUCCUCAGUGGCGUCACUAGAGUGGGUGUCACCCGGUGCGGUCAACUCAGGGUGUCACCCCCCCCCCCCUCACCCACCUAGUGACGCCACUGCAUAUGCUCAUUCUUCGACUUACGCUUUUUAAAAGAUUUAUUUUAAAAAAAAGGUUACCGACAAAAAAUUGACUUUGAAUGUCAAUCCAAAGCUUUUUCUUCUUGUAAAGAGUUGUCCUAUGAAUAUUGACAAGUGAAUAAGCUAAAAAGAUUCCACAAAUAAAAAAAAUCACCCUUUGGGUCAGGAUUUUGUGAUUCUACCAUCACAAAAGAGAUACAAGACACAGAUGGCAAAGACAAACAAACACCAACACUCUUUUGUUCCCCUGGCAAUCAAAUCAUUAAAUAGAAACAAUCUGAUAUAAACUUUGUCACAUGUAAAUUAUGAGUGAGUCUGGUGUGAAUGUACACUUUGAUUUCUUAUAGUUAUAAUGUUUUUUGUUUGGUGUAAUGCACAAAUUGUAAGACAAAUUUUCUCACGGAAAAUAAAGAUUAUUAUUAUUAUUAUUAUUAUUAUUAUUAUAAUUAUUGGUCCAUUGAUUUAUGCUCGGUCUGCUGUAGGCAACUGUUAAAUGUCUUCAGGCUACAUUUCAUCAUCAUCACACCUUUGUGUUCCUCAUAGAACAUAGGGCCUCGACAAAAACACGCCACUCUCCACGGUCUCUUGCUAGCUUUUUGAUGGUGUCCCAGCUCUUCCCGGUCUUCUCUGCUUCUUCAAGUACACUGAGUCGCCAUGUUCUUUUUGGUCUUCCUCUGCGUCUUGUUCCCUGGGGGUUCCACUCUGACUCCUGUCUAGCUUUGUUGUUGGUAUCUUUUCUAAGGGUGUGACCAAUCCAUCUCCACUUCCUCUCUAAGAUCUGCACCUCUAUAUUUUUCUGUUCACUCAUCUCCCACAGUUUGGUGUUUUCUACUUUGUCAGGCUACAUUUGGUUGAUAGAAAACAUUUUUACGUGCCGAUUGAAAAGAAAAUGUCGCGAAUAGUAUAAUAGUGAAGCUGCAGAAAGUGGCAUCCCAAAUUUAUGAUAGUGAAAUACACGAUAGUGAAACGUAUAAUAGUGAAACAUACGAUAGUGAGACUUUUGACGUUUGGCCGUGAAAAUUAUGAUUGAUGACCUUAUGAAAGUGCGAGACUUACGAUUGUCAAAUGGAUAGCGAACCUUAUUGGCAAAAGUAGGAUAGUGAGACUAAGGAUUGUAAAGCUUAGGAUAAGUAAGGUUAUUAGUAAACGCAUGAUAGUGAGACAUACGAUUGUCAAACGGAUAGUGAAGCUUAUUGGCAAAAGUGGGAUAGUGAGACUAACGAUUGUAAAGUUUAGGAUAAGUAAGGUUAUUAGUAAAUAUAAUAGUGAGACUUAAAAUUGUCAAACGGAUU